AUGGAUGAUUAUAUUUCCACCUUUCCCGGAAUUUCGUAUGAUUGGCUAGUUACGGUGCGAGCAUCGUUUACGCUAAAUAAGGCGGUGUGGUCUAGUGGUAUGAUUCCUGCUUUGGGUGCAGGAGGUCCCGAGUUCGAUCCUCGGCUCCGCCCUUUUUGCCUGUGCCGUUUCUAUUUACUCUGCCUUUUGGCCUUCGCCCCUACCGCCGGCACACAUUGCGGCAGUGGAGGCGGUGGAGGUCGUGACAUGAGAACCGCGUGCGCCGUCGCCCCUACCGCGCGCCAUACGUACGUCCAUCGCCCGCGUCGCGUGCGAGCGGCGGCUGCCACGUCCGCCGACUGGAACGGUAGAAGGUGGGCGACGACAGCCUCCUCCGUCGUGGAUAUGCUGGAGAUGUCGGACGCACCGGACGAGGCGAUGCGCGCGUUGGUACCGAGCGCGUGGCGCGAAGACGACGUCGCGACCGGCCACGAUCGACACCCCGGCAAACCGACGACGAGACCGGGAUCCGCGAUCCUCGAUCCGGGACUCAUCGACGACGCGGAGAGGCCAGCCUUCAGGAUGGCGUCGCGCAGUCGGCUGACCCCGACGGACGCCCGACGCUUCCCCGGCGACGACGCCUUCUCCACGAUCGCCCGGGCCGUGUGCGACGCGGACGCGCUGCCCCGCAAGGAACUCUUCGAGACCUGGCACGCGGCGAUCGCCAUCACCGACGCGCUCGGACCGACGUCGCUCGACGCGGACGCGAUGACGACGAAGACGACGACGACAUCGACUGGGCCAGCCGCCACCAAGCGCCGCCGCCAUCGCCGCGUCAUGGACCUCGCCGGCGGCCACGGCUUCCUCGCCAUGUGCCUGCUCAUCUUAAACCCGCGCCUCACCUCCGCGGUCGUCGUGGACAGGCGCAAGCCCGACAGUCACGAGCGACUCGUCUCGUCGCUCGCGAAGGCGUUCCCGGCGUCGAGGGUACACGCCAGGACGCGGUACAUCGAGGCGUCCAUCGCGGACGCCACGCCGACGCGACAAACGACGCUGGUGUCGGUCCACGCGUGCGGGGAUUUGAGCGAUCUCGUGCUGAAGCUCGCGGCGCAGGCGAAGUCGCCCGUCGCGGUGGUUCCGUGCUGCCACCGGGGAUUGGCUCCGGCUCGAGCGUUCGCGGCGCGAUUAAACGAAGCCUACGGCGUUGAGGGUACGGGCGGUUCGAAGCCGGGGGUGCCGAUUUGCCCGAGCGCCGCGAUGGACGUGGCGCGUCUGGAGUUGCUUCGCAGGGCGGGGUUUCGCGUGCACGCGCGGACGAUACCGCGGGAGAUCACGCCGAAGAACCGGGUCAUCGUCGGCUCGGCGGCGGCGGCGGCGUAUGACAAAGACGAAGAUGACGAGGACGACGCGUCUCCCGGUUGGCGCUCCGUCGCGGACACGAUACCGGCGAGUCCGUGGAAGUGGCACGUCGUCGGGACGUAG